AUGUCUUUAACCAAGGACGCAGGCGAGAAUCUAGACGAAAUGCUGGAAUCAACAAUCCUUCAGCUCGCUUCAGACUGGGACACGAUACUCGUAAUUCCUGACGACGAAAAUGAAAAGCCUACUCUACGAUGCAUGGUAUCUUCAAGCAUCCUGAUGAAUCAGAUGUCUUAUUUCCGCGCUCUUUUCACAUCCGGCUCCAGAGGUCUUGCCUCCCCGAAAGGCGAAAAGCCCGAGAUAUCUCUUUUAGGGGAUGACCCAGAAGCUAUGUGA